UUUUGACAUUUGACACUCGAUAGUUGUUUUGUAGAGUUGUAGCGCUUGAAAGUUUAGGUAAAUACCUAGCAACUAGAGUACCAACAGAGAAAAUCUUGCUUUCUCUUUUUAAUUACUUAAAAUACACUAGUUUGAGAGAGAUGUAGUAACGAAGUAAUUUUAUACGUUGGCUGCAUUUGAAAAACUCUGUCGCCGUUUGUAUUAAGGCCAAAAACAAAUGUAUAAAUGGACGCAUCGUCCAUUAUAACUCAGGUGUCACGGGAUGACGAACAAUUAAACAAUUAUGGACCCGAUAGAGGUUCAUCCCCUGGUGUGCAGCAUAAUGAGGGUGACGGCACCCCAGUUUCGGGGUCGACCCCUUUGGGUGGGAAGAAAUCUAGCGGGACAGGCGGCUUCUUGCGAUCGUUGCUGUGCUGUUGGCGCGGUGGCCGAGGCAAGGGACCUCCCGGAGGCAAUGGCACCAAUAGUAUCGACGGCAGGGCUUCUCCGCCCUUGCUGGUCAUGUCUGAACAUGCCCCCAGACCUCUGUUACCGCCAGUGAGACACCAGGACAUGCAUAAAAAGUGUAUGGUUAUUGAUUUGGAUGAAACAUUAGUGCACAGCUCAUUCAAGCCUAUAAACAAUGCAGAUUUCGUGGUGCCUGUAGAAAUCGACGGUGCGGUCCAUCAAGUUUACGUUCUGAAGAGGCCGCAUGUCGACGAGUUCCUGCGGCGGUGUGGCGAGCUUUACGAGUGCGUUUUGUUCACCGCGUCAUUGGCGAAGUACGCCGAUCCUGUCGCCGAUCUACUGGACCGAUGGGGCGUAUUCCGCGCGCGGCUGUUCCGCGACAGCUGCGUGUUCCACCGCGGCAACUACGUCAAGGACCUGAACAGCCUCGGGCGGGACCUGCGGCGGGUCGUCAUCGUCGACAACUCGCCCGCUUCUUACAUAUUCCACCCGGAUAAUGCUGUGCCUGUCGCGUCCUGGUUCGACGACAUGACAGAUUCUGAGCUGCUCGACCUGAUCCCGUUCUUCGAGAAGCUGAGCAAAGUGGAGAGCGUGUACACUGUCUUGCGCAACUCGAACCACCCGUACAACCCGACGCAGAACAACUCGCCGAGCACAUAGCCGCGGCCUCCGCGCGGUCGCGUCGCCGCCCUCCUCCUGGCCCUCGACGCCGCGAAGCGGGGAGCGAACUACGUCUUAAGUGCCAAUUUUGCCUUCUGGAUAGUGAGGACGUUAUUCGUACCUAUAUUACGUAUUAGGUAUUUUUUAGAUCGUAAGCGUUCUAUAUGAUGGAUGUGUGAUGUUGUUUUGUCGUAUUGUUUUUUUUUUUUACGUAUCGAUAGUUUUUCACGGUACAUCCCUAUAUUGAUGUUGGUUUUUUCUGUUUGUUUUGUUUAACCGCAGUGUAGUUUGCUCGGGAUCAAAUACGAAGUAAGUUAGGAUAUGAGCAAACCGUACGACCCAAAUACUCUUUUGUUUUUUUUUAUGUAUCGAUAACGGUCCGUCCUGUAUGCAAUCGAUUUAGAUUAUAACUGAUCGGAAAAUCGCCUCGAGCAUUGAGCUGUUUAAAAUAUUAAGGCUUAGCUAUCUAUCUGCUUGUCGAGGCUCUUGAAAGCUGGACGGUCAUCAGAAAAUGCGACUCGUAUUUUUUUUAUUUCAUUGCGGUUUUUUUUAAUUAACAAUAUUCGACAAUAAUCGAUAAUAUGAUUUGUUUUUUUUUAUUGUAUAGAAGUGAGUUAUCGAAUUGUAACUCUCGACACCGCCGUUUUAUUUCGAACGAAACGAUAAAAGCUAUCACGAAUUCUAAAUAUGAAACGACUGUUAUUGUACACUAAUAUCGAACAAUAGCGAAAACAAAACGUGUAAAUAUUUUAAUUAAGGAAUGUACGGAAGCCGACAAAUCAUGGUAUAGAUUUUAAAAUACCGUUUUUAAAUAAUAUAUUAUUGUGUAAAUAGAUUUUACAAUUCGUUGUUUAAGCGAAAAUCGAUACAGCACUUAAUGUGGGAAUAGAGUAGGGCUCGCUUUUAUCGAUAAUGUUACAUGGUUUUUUUUCCACAAAUCUACCAAUUAAUUAGUAGUGAUAUUAUGAGUAAUUCUGUUCGCUUACAAUAAAUCAAACAGAAACCUGAUUUAGACGCUCUAAGAAUCCAGUUGAAAAAAACCAGUGUAACAUUGAAUCGAAUAAGGUUUGUGCACACUAGACGUAAUCCGUAUGCGUUUGUAAUUAUAAUUGUAGCUUUAUUGUGUACAUACCUUGAGUAAUAUCAAUUUAUUAUAAUUGUUUCUCUUAAGUAAAAAUCAUUGAUGACAAUAAUGAGUCAAUCAUUUGUGUCAUAUGAGUUGUUUUUUUUAAUAACUAAUUAAUAAUUAUAAGUUUAAGAUUCCAAACACGGGUGAUUGUAAUAGAGAACGAGAUUUCAAGUAACUUUUUAUUUAUUAAUUUUUUUUUUCGUUAUUUGGAAAGUAAAGCACUUUUGAAAUAUUUAAAUAUGAACAUAUAAAAAUACAAUAAAUUAUCAACUCAGUAUUAAAACUAGCUUUGUAAUGUUUGAUGCCAUUUUACACGAUUAAAUAAAAUAUAAUGUACCAUAUUUUAAUAAACCUAUAUCUGUUUUUCUUUUUGUAAUCAACGAGUUUUAAAACAUCGAUUGUCGUAAAUUCUAUUUUAAAGGCAUACGAAUAAGUUACAUAUUACUAUUUAAAUAUGAUAUGAUAUAAAAAAAAAUACCUACAAUGUACAAUGUACACAAAUCGAUCCACGAAUAACGCUCUUAUGUACGAAUGUAAUAUGAGGAAUUAAUAUAUAAAAAUAAUAAUUAAAUAAAACGGAUUGGUGCUUUCAGUAUUAGUUAAGCAGUUUGAUAAAUUCUAUAUGUGACGAACAUUACUUGUGAAGAAUAUUGGACUAGUGCACGUUUCACAUUGAUAAUAUCUUUUUUUAAUAUCUUUUUUUUUUUAAAUGGCUAUGACGUUCUAGUACUACUAAACACUGAAUUUGUAACAAUGGUUGAUGUUGGGUUAAAAUAUUUUUUGAUUCCGCGAUAUAUAUUUUUCCGCUUUUUGUUGUUGUCGUAAUGAAAAGUUGUUUGAAAUGACAGUGUUACGACACAAACGCGAGUUAGAUCUUAUGUCUCGAGCUGGACGGUGGCUUUUACGUCUAUGGUCUGUCCGGGAUCCCUUGAUCUAUAUUUUACAAAAAAAUUGAAACGAACACAAUCGAUACUUAUUUCAUAGUGCGGAAAGCUCAUUUGUCUACGAGUUUCCCUCCGUCAAUCAUACGCAUUGUAAUUCGAUUUAUAAAGUACAAAGUGUACAAUAUAACACGUUCAACGCAUUCUUACUACGAUUUUGAUGUUUAACGACCUUUAACGGUUCUCGAUAUGUAUUCGGCAAACUUAUCGAUAGCGAUGAGGGUAUAUUGUCGGGCGAGCUAUCGAGUUCCAGUGGUAACAUUUAAAAACUGAAUAGUUGGAGGGUAGACAGAUUUAUCUGUUCUUAAUAAUCUGCCCGCAAUCUUCGGCUUACAUGUGACCACGGCGCUCGCAAUAUCGAAAGGUCGAUAAAUUUAAAAAUCGUAGUAAGAACCCGUUCAAUAGUUGAAAUAGUUUAAUACGUAUCGAUAUAAAAUGAACAUUUACAAUAGGCUCCGUCGUGUUCAGUUGUUUUACGUGCCGCGUAAUGAGGGAGGGUCAAUGAAUUGAAAAAAUAUUAAUAUCGAUAUUUUACAAAUCGCGCCACCCCAUGUUGUGUCACCACAGGUGUGUUCGGUCGGAGGUUGAGCGAAAUCGAUUUUGUACUAUUUUAAUUUUAAUCAAUGUUUUUAGUCUUAAAUUAACAUCAUCUAUUUCGAUUAUUGAUUAUGUACAUAAGUUGUUUUUUUUUGUCCAUUAACUUAAUACGAUGAAAAUCUUCUAAAAGGAUUUCACUAGUUUAUCGACAUUAAGGUAUAUUAUUUACGCGGCUUGCGUGUUUGUUGUUCAUACUGUGCGCGUUGGUGCUAGUUGGUGGCGCCUUAUGUGGCGACAGGGGUGAGGGGGCGGGUUGCCUAUUGCUCGUAACGCACCUGACAUUAGACAGUGAUGACUAAAUAAAAUAAAUAAAUGAAUAAAAAACAAUUGAAGUCUUAAAAGUUUAUAUUGCACUUAUCUAAUUGUAUUGUAAUUAAUAGUAAAAUAAACCAAAAACAAAUUAAGUAUAUGAAAUUAUUCUGACAUAUUUGAAUAAUAUAUGAAAUUAUUUUAUUAACAUAUAUGAAAUUACUCUGACGUGUAAUCGGAAUUACUUGAUUCUGAACUCUGAUUCAGAAUCAACUUGUAAGUUUAUAUUGAUUUCGUCCAUCAUAGUAUCAAAUUAAUCUCAUAUCAGUAAUGACAGCAAGCGCCCCCUCCGGUGGUAGAUUCUGCGAAGCACUGCUCUUGCUAGGGUCAGUGUUAGCGACACUCCGGCUUGAGCCCCGCGAGCUCACCUACAUGUUUGGGUGAAGCUGAAAUAGCUCAAGGCUAUCAGCAUAGGUAGGGAAAAAGCUGGCAUGGAUAAGUACUACCAUGCUGUUUACAUCUGCGAUGAAGCAGUCAGCCGCACUGGUUCGAAGGGUAACCGUAACCGUAACAGUUAUACAAUAGAAUUGAAACUCAUGUCUUACGGUGACGGGAUUCGGUUGUGAUGUCCAUAGGCAUCGGUAACUAUUUAAAAAAUCGCCCCCCCCCCCCCCCGCCUCUCCGUCCCGCCGCUCACAUAGAAGGCGUGGCCAACUAGUUCCGCGCGCACAAUAGUGAGUGCGUCGCGUGCGCGUACUGCGAACGCAUCCGAAUCUAGUUUAGGUGAUUGCAGCGUUAUCUAGACCGAAUUUUGUUGACGGCGACGCUUUAAAUAAUAUUCAUUACUUUUUUUUAAACUAGCUGACCCGGCAGACUUCGUAGUGCCUCAAUCGACAAAUAAAAUACCUAAACUUUUGUAUAAAAUAAACUUAAAACAAACAAAAAGGAAAAACAAAAUUGUUAUUUUUAUUUAAUUCCGAGCAUUUUCAUAUUUAUCUACCUUUUAAACCUUCCCUGGACUUCCACAAAUAAUUCAAGACCAAAAUUAGCCAAAUCGGUCCAGCCGUUCUCGAGUUUUAGCGACACUAACGAACAGCAAUUCAUUUAUAUAUAUAUAGAUAAAACUUUUUAUUAUCAAUAUUGCAGUUUUAUCGGGAGGUUAGAUUCGAUAGUUUGAUUGCGUCGUUACGUCCGAGCGAUUAAAAAUGGCGGCUCGUCGAAUGAGAUUGGUGUCAGGUGAUAACUUGGAGAUUUUUAGAGGUUAAUAUUUUUGAAAUGUAUAAGAAAUGCAAGCCUGCCAGUAAAGUUGAAUUGUUCUCAUCGAUUUUUCUAUUAAAUUUUCAUAAUUGUUUCGAUGAAUUUGUGUCGUCUCUGUUUUUUUCUGUCUGCGGUUUAAAAGUGUCGCCGUAGUAAGGAUGAAUGAAAUCAAAACGCGGUCCUCGGAUCUCGCAUUUAGUCCACGAUGAUCAUAUCAGGUUAAUAAAUGUUUUAAUUUAUUAAAUGAAAAACAAUAUUUUUGUCGAUGUCAAGAUUCGUUCAUGCUGCUCUUGAAAUUACUGUAAAACAAAAACAAAAAAACAUAUUUUGUUAGUAAAUAUAUUAUUUAACACAAUCAUAUUGCGUUUCAAUCCGUUGUUCGAAUUCAGAUAGGUGCCUUGGCGAUAACGUUUGCGUAAUACAGGUAGUUUUCCAAUGACAGCACAAGAGCGCAUUAUGCGGCAUAAUGCUCAACGUUGAAUGUUCCAACUACAGCAACGCUUCGUACAAUCGAGCACUCUCAAAACUACUGCUCUCGCGUGAUACUCGCAAUCGAUACCGACUCAGUGACAGAAAAUUGACAAGUGUCUUUUCUUUAAGUUGGCAUUGAUCGAAAUUUUGUUUAUAUUAUCGUUAGUAAUAUUAUUUAAUGUUGAAAAAAAUUGUAAGGCUUUCGUUUCGUCGUAGUUUCUUAGAAAUAAUCAAUGUUAAUUAAAACUGUGCUAACUUAGCGCAAUCUGCUGAUGCAUUUGAAAACUAAUUCACGUUUCAAUUAAGCUUCAGCAUAAUUCGGCAUCGUGCGUCACUGAGUCGCAUUAUGCUCUGUAAUUGGAAAACUACCCAUGUAUGCGGGCCGCCAUGACAAAGGCGCCCGUCUGUGUGUAUAUGAACGAAUCUUCCAGAAGCUUAAGAUUAUACGACUUACCACCAUAGGCCCACUGUAGUGCAUUUAUUUUAUAAGAUUAAAAUUUUUUAGGUAGGUAGUUUGUUAUAGUAAUAUUAUAUGCGUUGAGUUCUUUUUACGUUUCUUGCGUUGUCCGUAAGUAUUGAAUUAAAUAAUGGAUGUUAGAAAAUAAUUUACAUUAAUGUAUUAUUAACGCUGACACGUUUUUAAGUGUUGUUUAUGAAAUUAAUAUCGUCCGUUUUAUUUUUUAAUGUUUGAAUAUAGUUCUUGAAAAAAAAACCUGCAAUAAUAAUUGUCAAUUUUUCGAUAUUUUGUAAAGAACAUUAUUUAAUUUGAAUUUUCUAUACGACUGUACAUAGCGGUGUUCGUUUGAGUUUUUUUUUUUGCUAAAGUAUUUUUCUGAUUCGAUGUUAUUGAAUAACUAUUAAUUUGUAAUAUCUUAUUUACAUUAUUAGAUUAUAUUACAUUUAUGUAUAUUAAUUGGUGAUUUGUUUUUAUAUACGCGUUUCAUUGUUUUAUGUGUUUUUAAUAUUUCGUUGUUCGAAGUUCCGCCUGGGGUCAGCGUAGAUUAGAUAAAGAAAUAAUAGAAAUUUUGCCGUGGAACGAUUGGCAUAGAAUUUUAAAUCGUAUUUAUAUGCGACUAAGGAUGUUAAUGUUAACUUCUAUCGACGGAAAGAGAUUGAAAGGCAAUAAAUAAUCCCAAUGAAUCCUAAUCUAAUUUGAAAAAAAGCUUGAUUUGUUGAAGUUUGUGUUUUGGUGAAUAGUUGUUUUAUUUGAAGAUUCACGAAUUUAAAGUAAGAAUAUUUAGCAAGUUUUUGGGGCAGCGUUUACACUUCUUUUAAAAAUUAUACAUAUUUUCAGAACUACUAUAAGGCUUAGUAUCUCGCGUUUACUUAUUUUCAUUUUAUAAUUGUUGACAUUCAAACCUUUAUUUUCUGAGUUGCUUUCGUUAUUCGUACUACCCACUAAAAUUUUAUAAAAAGUAAUAAUCAUUGUUUUGUACUGGUAAAUGUGUUUUCGAGAUUAAAAACUCUCAAAUUUUUGUUAAAAAUAUCGAUAACCGAUUUCUAUUACCGAUUUCUUUUUCAAAAACUUAGACUAUACUAAUGAAAAGCACUUUUAAAAUAUACUAUUAAACUAGGGCAAAUUAUUCUCUACGAUUUCCGAGUUUCAGGAUAUUAUUCGGUUCUCACGGGCGACUAACGUGUUAACUUUUCAACAAUAAAAAAUUGCGACGACUACCGUCAAAUAAUCAACAAAAACAUUAAAUAGAUUUCUCUGCAAAUAGAAGGAAUUAAUAGUAUGUAUUGAGUAAGUUUCAUCGCAUUAAGUUUGAUCCCAGGUGUUUGUAACAGAAAAUAUACAAGCAAAAUUCAAGUAAGGAAUUGUAUACUCUGAUUUUGUGUCUAAUUAGACUUCCAUCCAAAAUGUUCACGCAGACACAUCGGGGCAGAUUAAUUCUAAAUUAAAUUACGCAUUAAUAAUUUGAGGGUUGUGCUUUCGCUGUACCUAGCGCAUAUCUUUGUAUUGUUAAAAAAAACGGAUCGGUUAUACAGUUUUCUUGCCUCUUAAGUAUAAAAUUUGAUGUUAAUAAAUAUAUAUAAAACUUAAAACUGAAAAUUUGAUAGUAAUAAUGAAAAUCGAUUUAAUAUUUUUUAUAUAAAUUCGUGAUUGUCAUUGACAUUUUGUAAGCGAAAAACUAAUUAAUAACGUAGCUUUUAUUAAAUUUAUUAUAUUAUUGUUUGAUGUUUUGAAUGCGAAAUUUGUUUAUCGUUCUAUUUCGAUGUGGUCCCAGUGCAAUAAACAAAGAAAAAUACUUAAUUCGAAAAUUAGAAACAAAUUUUGUUUGUUCCUUUAAAGAUCUAGUAUAUAAUAACAGUAAUAUUCUAUUGUAGAUAUUGUACAGGAUUUUUAAGUAAGCGUAUCGUAAAAUUUCCAAUUGUCGUUUAUUCAUCAUAAUCAUAUAAUAAUUGGAUAAAAUGUUACUAUAUGUUUGUUGUUCAGCAUUCGUUAUCAUAUAUUUUAUUGGAAGACGACUUAUAUGCACAUAAUAUUUCAUAGUCGUCACAGAAGGCCAUACGUGAAGAAAUACAAGUACACCGGACGGUUUAUAUUAUUAGUGUUAGGAAGGGUUUUUGAAGUUAUACAUCUUUAGGCGCGUUAUGAAAAAUUGAUGAGAAUGGAAUUUUACGAUGCGCACGCACCGUGACACAAAAUUAACAGAAAUGAAGUUGCCCACUAAAUCGCUCAUUACAAUACGACCGACGUAACUUGGCGAGCCUGAAUAUAGCCGCAGGUGAACUUUUUUUCAAAAUGAUUAAAGUUUAAAUAAAAAAAAAGAAAUUAAUUUAAUAAAAAUAAAGUAUAACUUCUUACGCGCGUACAUAAUACACGCACACGCACCCUUUUUUUACUAAUAUUCUACGUAACAAUGGUCACGUCAUUAAAAUUUGUGGUUUUUUAUUUAUAUAUCUAAGAAUAUUAUAUGCUGUAUUAAAGAAAGAAUUGUCGUAAUAGGCUACGAUAAUCGGAUAAUUGAAAUGUUAGCCGAUUCACUGAUGUUCAAAAGUUUUAUUGGAGAUUUUACGAUACGUUUUCACGCGGUCUGUUUUAAAUAAAUAAAAGUAUAUAAGUUUUUACAGAGAAAGAGACAGAUGAGAUAAAUGUAUUUUCGUGUUAAAACAAACGGUAAAUAGAUUGAUUGGAGAUUAGCUAGCUGGAUAACGUUUGAUGAUGACAAAAUUUAUAUAACGGUGUACAUUUUUGAUAUCAUGUUGUACAAAAGAGACAUUUGGUAAUGUUAUUUUAUAGGAAUGAAAAUAAAUAGCCUUAAUAAUUUA